UUUUCUUACACCUGCUAAGCCGGGGACAGACGGAGUACACACCGUCGGUUGCUUUCGGUAUUGUUCCAUGGCUGGAUGACGCAAGCAUGUGGCUAUCCGAUUGGGUACUUGUAAUGUUCUCGUGGGAGCGUUUGCUGGUUAUUCUCUGUCCAUUGCGCCUGCGCUGUCUGCAGCGUGUAACAGUGGCCCGCAUCGCCAUUCUCAUCCUGCUGAUGCUGUCGCUAUCUUUCAAUAUGGUCGAUUUUGUGGUGAACUACGAAGAUCCGCAUAAUCACAUGAUCGGCGCACGUUAUGGCUUCGAUUCUUUGUUCGGGAUCCAACGGUCCGGCGGUUUUUUGUUCUGGGUCCGGCAGUGGCUUUUAGUCCACGCAAAAGCCAAGAGAAUUCCUCAUAACCGCUGCAUUGGCGCAAUAGCUUUGGUCAUGGACUCAUGGGUAAGCAGGGAUAAUUGGCCGGUACCCUUACCAGAUGGGAUCAGGCCUUCCUACUGUAGUUUUGCCAACCCAUCUUUCAACAGCGACAUCACUUUUGACGCUACCGGGAAACGUUAUCCUACAAGUGCGAAGUUGAGAACUUUAGAUCCGCAUGCGCGCUGCUAACCUGCAAUAGCAAAUUUGUGAUGCCGAAAUGCGAC